UGCGCAGCGCGAGGCCCCGGCGGGGCCGCCUCGGGCCGGGCCGGCGGCAGCGGCAGGAGAGCGGCGUCGGGCCGCCGUCCUGGAGCGUCCCGGAGCACGGUGGACCAGGCGGCUCGGUGCGGCGGCCGAGCGGUGUGGAUGCUCUCUUUCUCCCCGGCUGCAGGAAAUGGCAGCGCUGGGUAGAUCCUGGCAGGGCAUCCCUGCGGGUCCUGCCGUGGAGUUCUCUCAGGCUCCAGCCGCCGCGCCCGACCGCCGCGGCUCUCCAGCACUCGCGCAGGACGACCCGCAUCCCGGAGCCGCUGGCCACGACCAUCUCCAGCCACCGAUGACGGUAAUGGCAGGGAACGGAAACGAUGGUGCUGAUGGCGGCGGUUCCUCUGGACCGUAUCUGCAAAGCAGCUUCGACGCUGCCUCUCUCGCUGCCCUCGGAAGUUAUAACGAGGGCUUGCCGGUGUCCCCGGUGGGCUCCUUCACAAGCGCGGCACUCCCACGAGGGCUGCCCCAGCAGCAGAGUCACAGCCACAUCUCUGUUCGCUGUGCAAAGAAGCAUAAACUAGAAGAAGAGGCAGAAGGUUGUCCUGUGCGGAAGAAGAGACUGACUGGAGCCAAAAAUUGUCCUUUGAAUCUCAACACUGAAGAAUGGAUUCUCUGUGCAGGUCAGCAGGCAGCUGGGGAGGUAGCAAGUCAGUGUGGUGGCAGCGGUCCUGAAACUGCCAUGUUAGAAAUUCCCUGUGAAGAAAUGGAUCAAACAAUGGGGGAACAGCAAUGCGAGGUUGCUCGCAGGAAGCUUCAGGAAAUUGAGGACAGGAUAAUUGAUGAAGAUGAGGAAGUUCAUGCUGAUGGAAAUGUUAGCAAUCUGCCCACUCUUAUCCUGUCAGAUACCCUUAAAAAAGGGAUGAAGAGGGAUUUUGGUGAAGUCCUGACAAAGAAAAUAAUAGAAUCUAUGAGCCGUCCUUCUAUGGAGCUGGUGCUUUGGAAACCUCUUCCUGAAUUUCUCACAGAUAAACUGAAGUCUGUUUCUGUUAAGAACAUCAAGCAGCAGAGUACAGACGGGUGUCAAGCUAAGCAGUCAACAGCAAGAGCUGCUUUUGACUCACAGACUGAAACAUUCCCUGAAUCACAGCAGACUGUCAUGUCUCCAAGUCCGUAUGCUAGUUUGGGAAUCUCUGGCUGUGCAGAAGAGGAAAUGGAGUUGUAGAUGACAGAUUUUGGACUGGAAGUGGUGAGCUUCUAUUUUUUGUUGCCGUUUUUUGAUUAUUUCUUUCUGGUUUGAUAUGUCAAUCUGAAGUUAGUAUUUGUUUCUGGUUUUCCUAAUAAGAACAUGGGUUGACCAGGUACAACUUAAGGAAACUGAAAAAAACUCCAAGAUUUCUGUACUCUGGUCUCUUAGAUAUUCUUGGUUUUACUGAGAAGGUAACCCAGAGGCCUUUGGAACAAGGAAGUAGAUUUCAAUUUUGCUUAAUGGUGAAAUACUCUCUGAACUGUCCUUGUUAAAGUAUAAAAUCCAAAUAUUGGAUGUAAAUGUGGCUUAAGCCACAUCUUUCACUUACUGAGCAUUUUAAGACAUUGGUGCACAUACUAUGCUUGGUCAGUUAGUUUAAUUUGAAUUACAAAAAGGUAUGGAAAGGAAGAAAUACUUUUGAGUCUAGUAACAGAUAAAAAAGGAUACCCUAUGGAAAUAUGGGAGUUUUUUGGUUGUUUUUUUCAUCUGUGGCUGGUUUGUACCUGAUGUAAACUCAAAUGAAGAAAUUACACUUUUUACAGUGUGAUAGGGAAGGAAUGUGAUAGCUGAGCAUAAGCCUCUUGCUUUGUAAAGUAAAACCAGCUCCUGAGUUGCAAGAUAUCUGCUGACUUUAGUCAUCUCUGGAUACAUCAGCUCCUAAAUUGUGUUUGUGGGUUUUUGACGUCCCUCUCCUCAAAUGGUACAAAGUCUGGAGAAAGUGGUUCUCAGUGACUUGAUUCACAUUUUACAUUAUGUGGUGACACUUUGUAUGCAUCAAAUUUAAAGUCAGUUGAAGACAGUGUAACUUUUGAUGAAAUAAAUGUCAUCUUUUAAUUCUGAUAAACAUGGUAAGUAAAUCAGAUAACAGGGAGCUGAUUUUCUGGCAUAAGGAGGGUAAAAUGCUGAUUGUUGUCUGUAACCAAGUCUCAGACUUUGAGACUGUUGGCAUUGGUGGUGAAGUAAACAAGAUGCUUGUCUUCUUCCUGAGGGAAUCUAAAUUUAAAAUUUAAGCCAGAGCAUGUGCCAUUAACAUAACAUCAAAUAGUUUAUGCAGAUGUAUGCCAAAAGAAUUUUAUGCCCUGCUGGGGGUGUUAAGAAAAGCAAUCCUCAAUGAGUUUUUUAUUGUAUCUUUCUUCGAUGUACAACAGUUCCAUUACAUUUAAAACCCGUAAACAAGGUGGAGAAUCUUCUGUUCCUAAGUCCUUGAGCUUCCUCAGAGAUACCUGAAUUGAGACUUUCCGUAAGAAAUUCUUUUCCUAGCAAGAGGUUCUGUUCAGAGUCUUACCAUCCCAGUCUGGUUUUGACAUCUUGUUAACAUAAAGGAGCAAGUACACAGUAAUGCAUCUGUUUGCAUGAAAAAAUCUACUCUGCCCUUACACAGCUAAUUCAUCAUCUUUAUGAUGAUAUUUUUUACAGUUUAAUAGCCCAUAGUUGAUAGUUUAAAAAUUGAGCUUCUUUUUUCAGUCAGCCUUUCCUUUUGGCUGACAGCAGAAGUUCUGUUCAAAAGAAAUCCCUAUUCAUUAAAUCCUGUCUAUCUUGCUGCUCUUGUUUGAAGGUUGCGUGAAAUUUUGUCUCUUCCUGGAACAUUUCAGAGCUUCACUACAAACAUUCUACCAUUUGAAUAAGUAUUACUCUUGAAACUGGUGUAUAACUUUACCAUUCUGAAACUUUUAUUAAAUUAGAGAAUGUGUGCAGCUUUAUCUUGCUAUUAUGUCUAAUUUCAUUUCAGGGUCAUGCUAUAUAACUUGCAUGUACUGGUUAAAAUUUCUCAUGUGUUCCUAAAUUGCUGACUGAGCUUAAAAUCUCCAGCCUUUGACGUGUUACAUUGCUUGAGUAUAAAGCAGAGCAAUGCAGCAUGGACAAGGCUAUAGUCACUGUAGAUACGAAAUGUGGUGCCUCCAAAUUAUUACCUGUUUUAAAGUUUGCAGGAUUAUAGUAAAAGUUCAAAAUUGGAACUGUUUUAGCUGAUAGUUCUGAAUCCUAAAUAAACUGAAGAAAGGGUAUAAAAAUCAAAUAUUUGAUGAAACCAUCUCAGCAACACUAAAAUUGCAACAGAGGUUGUGGGAGGACAAAAUACAUCAAAUCUAGAUGCAAGUUUGUUCCUCUUAAAAAAACUACAAAUUGCCUAUCAAAUUUGCAGAGGAAUAAGUUUUUGUAGGUGUCUUGUAAGCAUACUUUUUUCCUGUUACAUUUGCACCAAAAGUUGACUUUCACAGAUGUAUUUUGUCUUAAUUGACAUUAAUAUGGCAUCAAUCGGUCCCUGGUUUUCUGCUGUCUGAAACAAUUUCAGUGGUGGAAUAUUGAUGAAGAGCAUGAAGUGGGAAAUAACUGUGUCAGAAAAAUUCACUUUUGUAGAUUUUUUUUCUUAAUUAUUUUCUGCUCUUGUGAUAUGAGAGAACAGUGUGGAAUCACUUCAGUUGAUGGGAGAGAACAGUGGGAUAGCACAGGAAUCAAAUAUGCAGGAGUACUGAGCUAUAGCAAUCAUUUAGAGAGGGAAGGAGAGAACAGGCUACUAGGCAUUUUCAAACUCUUUAAGUUUAAUUUGUUUUUGGCUUCCUUAAAAGAGUUCUCUUGAUGCUGUUUACAAGCAGGAUGGCAAAUGUGAUGCAGUAUGGUCUCUCUUCUCUUGGGACCAAGUCACCCUUUGUAUGUCAGUUUUCAAUAAAUUUUCUAAAAUA